UUGUACGAGCAUGUGGGUAUGAUCAAAGUUCACUGCCAGGAGUACGAUGAUUCACAUGCCCGGAUCAUGGUUUCGGAAAUCCUGCAAGAGGACGCUGAAAUCCCAGUCCCAAUUGAAGAGUGCAGAUAUGUUAGGGACGUAUACCAGAUGUUCCUUCCUUGGCCUAAACACUUAAUUUUAACAACCGAGGGUCCACUCGCUCAACCGCCCUCAAGACGUGAUGCGUCAAAGGGGAAAGCUCCGAUGCUUUCUCCACAAGGUCGUGGUGCACGGGAAGAUGACUUGUUCACGGAAGAGAAGAUGGCGUUGAUCCCUAAUUCGCUAAAAUGGAUGAUUCAUGAAUUCCUAAGGCUCAAAGAUAAACGUGAUAUAAUCACAAUUCCUGUCCCCCGAGGAUUCAUUGCACCGCGUACCCGAGAUCACGUUAUGCGGAGAGGAUUUGCGACGGAGUUGCUACGUGUGACUACAUCGAAAGAAGAAGAAUGA